GAGCACGCCGUUGUAGCUCUUUACAUACUCGUCGCGAGCUCGCUUGUGAACUCGGAGACGAAGAGGACGGAGCUCGGAGAUCGCAACAAUGGCGGCGGAGGGGGAAGAGCUGAGAAACAAGAGGAUCAUCUUCAAGGACUACGUCGUAGGGUUCCCCACCGAGGACGACAUGGUCCUCACCCCCUCCACCAUCCGAUCGAAGGUCCCCAAGGGAUCGACGGCCGUGAUCCUCAAGAACCUCUACCUCUCCUGCGACCCCUACAUGCGUUGGCGCAUGUCGGCGCCCGAGCACGAGAGCUACACUGACGCCUUCGUUCCGGGAUCUGUCAUUGUUGGUUAUGGUGUGGCGAAAGUUGUCGACUCUGGACACCCAGAUUUCACAGCUGGAGACUUGGUCUGGGGAUUAACUGGUUGGGAAGAGUACAGUCUGAUAACUGCACCUGAAGGCUUGAUGAAAAUCAAACACACCGAUGUCCCGCUUUCUUAUUAUACGGGCAUCUUAGGAAUGCCGGGGCAUACUGCUUAUAUUGGAUUCCAUGAAAUAUGUUCUCCAAAGAAAGGAGAAAGAGUCUAUGUUUCAGCGGCAUCAGGCGCAGUUGGUCAGCUUGUUGGCCAAUUUGCUAAGUUGAUGGGGUGCUAUGUGGUUGGGAGUGCAGGCUCCAAAGAAAAGGUUGAUCUCUUAAAGAAUAAGUUUGGGUUUGAUGAUGCUUUUAACUAUAAGGAGGAGAAAGAUCUCAAUGCUGCCUUGAAAAGGUUAUCAGCGCCCGCUGCUGCUGCUGGACAAACGGCUGUAAUGCCGGGCGUUUCUCCGGCUGCUCACGCCUUCCUCGGAAGAGAUAAGGAAGACGUCGUAGGAGCUGCAUUUGCUGAAAUGGAAGAGAAUAUAUGA